GUUUUACUUUUCCAGCCCGUGUGGACACACUGGCCGCUAUUACCACUAUAAGAAAACCAACAAGAAACGUCGAAAGUUUUCUCCGUGUUUAAAGCCAACCAAUAGCCAAAUUACCAACGAAAACGACGAUUUGCAGUUUGCAAGUUAUGCGUGCGGCACCUAGUGCAAUCGAAACCACGUAAACCCAACGAACGCGAGUGUUUUAGACCACCUGCAACUGAAACAACCACCAUUGUACAUAAUUUACACGAACAAUUUUGCAACAACAACAACAAAGGACGCCGCGCUGAAAGAGAGAAGUUGACAUAACUGCAAAAAGUAAAUUGUAUUAAACAGUGGUGGGCACACAAAUAAAUCCCCCGAAGAAAUUCCGGAUGGUAAUUUUGGCAACGAAAAACUGAAGUGGGAGUGGCACUUGGCAGAAAUGAUGUUGUUUUGUUGAGACAAUUGCCAAAAAGCCACUAAAAAUCAACUAAAAAAAGAUUGAAUUUUUCCUCAAGCUAGAUUUCUAAAAACAUUUUUACCACGGAAAUUGACUAGAAAUUGCCAGCCAGCAAUCAUCACCAGACAACAGCCAACAAGGAAACUUCACACACGACAGUAUAAAAGUGUUUUGCGCCUCCUCCCCUUCAAAUUAAUAUUGAAAGCAAACUCUGUAGGCCAGAUCUUAAAUGCUCUAACCAAAAGACCGCGCGAUCCUGACGAACGAAUAUAGAAAAACCUACGACGAGGACUAGGACGAUUGAAUCAAAGCAACCACGGUGUGGUCAUUUCUAUACCGGUGUGCCGCUGCAGCUCCUGGUGCCGGCAUGGGCGCCAACGUAUCGCAGCUGGAGCGGGAGAUUGGCUCCGACCUGUUCCCGCCCAACGAGCACUACUUCGGGCUGGUGAACUUUGGGAACACCUGCUACAGCAACUCGGUGCUGCAGGCCCUCUACUUCUGCAAGCCAUUUCGCGAGAAGGUCCUGGAGUACAAGGCCAAGAACAAGAGGCCCAAGGAGACGCUGCUCUCCUGCCUGGCGGAUCUCUUCUACAGCAUUGCCACGCAGAAGAAGAAGGUGGGCUCCAUUGCGCCCAAGAAGUUCAUCACGCGGCUGCGCAAGGAGAAGGAGGAGUUCGACAACUAUACACAGGAUGCCCACGAGUUCCUCAACUUCCUGAUCAACCACAUCAACGAGAUUAUUCUGGCCGAGCGAAAUGCAGGACCUACCAAUGGAAAUCCUAAAUCCAAUCCAGGCGGAGCCACAAGUGCCAUGGCGAGCAGCAUAGCUAGCAAGUCCAGCUCAACGUCAAACUCCAAUUCCAACUCCAAUUCGACCACGAACUCGAAUGGAAAUAGCAGCAACUCUACGGGAUCACUGAAUGCCAACACAAGUGUCCUAGAUGCCAGUGGCAGUCUGACGGCGACCACAACACCCAUCAUACCGGGAAAUGGAACAGGGACCAAUGGGGCCAAUUCGGAGCCCACCUGGGUGCACGAGAUCUUCCAGGGAAUCCUUACCUCGGAGACCAGGUGCCUCAACUGCGAGACGGUGAGCAGCAAGGAUGAGAACUUCUUUGAUCUGCAGGUGGACGUGGACCAGAACACCUCGAUUACGCACUGCCUGCGGUUUAGCAACACGGAGACCCUUUGCUCGGACAACAAGUUCAAGUGCGACAACUGCUGCAGCUACCAGGAGGCCCAGAAGCGAAUGCGGGUGAAGAAGCUGCCCAUGAUUCUGGCUCUGCAUCUCAAGCGAUUCAAGUACAUGGAGCAGUUCAACAGGCACAUCAAGGUCUCUCACCGAGUCGUCUUUCUGGAACUGCGACUCUUUAACACCUCGGACGAUGCAGUGAAUCCGGACAGACUCUACGACCUGACCGCCGUGGUCAUCCAUUGCGGUUCCGGACCAAAUCGUGGCCAUUAUAUAUCCAUUGUGAAGAGCCACGGACUGUGGCUUCUAUUCGACGAUGAUAUGGUGGACAAAAUUGAGGCCUCCACUAUCGAGGAUUUUUACGGUCUGACCUCGGACAUACACAAGUCCUCGGAGACGGGCUACAUACUGUUCUAUCAGUCGCGGGACUGCGCCUAAAACUUUUAUUUUAUUUCCUAAUAGCACUUAAGUUGAAAGUUUCCAAUCUCCUGUGAAAGAAUGCUAAAGCUAAGCCCAAAAUUUUAUGUCGUUUACUAUCUUAUCCACGCAUACAUACUACACAAUCAAAUCAAUAAAGAUGAUCAAUAAAGAAA